GCCCCGCACGCACGGGCGGAGGUUGUUCAUCUCCAAGGAGGAGCAACACCCAAACUGCAGGGAAAUAACGUUGCGCAGAAAAUUAGGAAGGCUCCUUUUUUUUUGUUUUGUAGUGUUGGUUUUUUUUUUAUUAUUAUUGUUUGUUGUGUUGUUUUUUGUUGCCUUUUUUUCCUUUGGAGAAGCUGAUUUCCUUCAGCAAGCGUGGGAGAAAAUGAAGCCGAGCCUGCGAUUUUUCUUAGCUGGUUUUCUGUCCUUGAUUCUGCAGACGGGGCUUUGCUAUGGGAUAAAAUGGAUAGCUCUGUCCAAGACUCCUUCAGCUUUGGCCCUGAAUCAAACCCAGCACUGCAAGCAGCUGGAAGGCCUGGUGGUUUCCCAGGUGCAGUUGUGCCGCAGCAACCUGGAGCUGAUGCAGACCAUCAUCCAGGCAGCACGGGAGGUGAUCAAGACCUGCCGUAAAACCUUCUCAGACAUGCGGUGGAACUGCUCUUCCAUUGAGCUGGCUCCUAACUACCUGCUGGACUUAGAGAGAGGCACAAGGGAGUCAGCAUUUGUGUAUGCCCUUUCUGCUGCUGCCAUCAGCCACACCAUUGCCAGAGCCUGCACCACCGGGGACCUCCCUGGCUGUUCCUGUGGUCCCAUCCCAGGUGAGACACCUGGACCUGGGUAUCGAUGGGGAGGAUGUGCAGACAACCUCAACUAUGGUCUUAUCAUGGGGUCCAAAUUUUCAGAUGCUCCCAUGAAGAUGAAAAAAUCAGGAUCACAAGCCAAUAAACUGAUGCAUCUGCACAACAGUGAAGUAGGGAGACAGGUCUUGAAAGCCUCUCUUGAAAUGAAAUGCAAGUGCCAUGGAGUUUCUGGGUCAUGCUCUAUCAAGACCUGUUGGAAAGGCCUUCAAGAGUUGCGAGACAUUGCAUUGGACCUCAAAAACAAGUAUUUAUCAGCCACCAAGGUCGUUCAUCGGCCCAUGGGCACACGCAAAUACCUGGUGCCAAAGGAUAUUGAUAUCAGGCCGGUUAAGGAGACAGAGCUGAUCUACCUGCAGAGCUCCCCUGACUUCUGCAUGAAGAACGAGAAAGUGGGGUCACACGGGACCCAGGACAGGCAAUGCAACAAGACCUCCAACGGGAGCGACAGCUGCGACCUGAUGUGCUGUGGCAGAGGCUACAACCCCUACAUGGACAAAGUGGUGGAGAGAUGCCACUGCAAGUACCACUGGUGCUGCUACGUGACCUGUAAAAAGUGUGAGAGGACUGUGGAGAGAUACGUGUGCAAAUGAGAACCUUCCUCUCCUCCCGGGAGCUGAGACACCAGCAGCACCCCAGCACUCUUCAGAGAAGAGAAAGCAUUUCUCAGACUAGACGUCGUUUAUCUUGCAAAGACAAAGACUUGAGGAAAGAUGGUAGGAGGGAAAAAACAAACAAACAAACAAACAAUCACACCAGUAAAAAUAAGACCCUUUAAAAAAAAAACAACACCAAUAAACCUGCAAGUGUUUUCCCCCACCAAUAAAGUGCUCUCUGAGAGGACAAAAACUCAUUUGGGAUGGUAUCUUCUUCCAAAAUCUUUCCUAUGGUUACCAGUGACAUCCGGCCAUCAAGUGCCUCAGUGUUUUGAGAGAAAAAAACUAGAAACUUUCCCCAGGAAUGGAAAAAAAACCUCUUGUUUGAAAAUAACUGAGGCUCACACCUGCCUGUGCUUUCUAGUACAGGUACUGAGUCUGCAUUGGGACCAUCCCAGAAGGGAAAACACUAGAACUUUUCAGCAAUAACUGCCUUUGUUGCCAAAGACUUAAUUUUUAGCAUGGAAGCUUUACCACUCUGGAUGGUAAAGCUGGAAAGGUUUCAGGUCAAUUCCCUGAAAUGAACAACUCGUUUUAAACUUUCUUUUAUGCAGGUCUGCGACUUGGAAGUUACUGCUGCAGGAACUGCUGUCCAUGAUUUUUCCAGACUGGAUGGGAUUUCAAAUUCAUCCAUACAAAAACUCCCAGGGGCAGUGAGAAUAGGGUACCCUGAGAAAGGCUUUAUGGGGUCCACAAGCUUGUUGUGAAGCCGUUAGGAUAAAAUAACACAGCAAAGCCAAAAUCCAGUGGGAAAAUUUAUAUAUAUAUAUAUAUCUCCUGCUCUCUUUCCCUCCUGCCCUUUGGGUGUGAUGCCCUUAGUCCCUGAUGUUCUGCUGUGUUGGGCCAUCAAGCCUUUAGGGAAAUAAGCUGCUGCCUCUUUUCCCCCAGCAAAACUAUUGACCCAGCCCCAAGAAACUGCAGAGAAUGGAGCAGGUCUGGUCCUGGCCGUGGGGAGUGCAGCUCUGUGGGGCAGCAGCUAUUCCCAGCAGGAAUG